GCCUUCCCUUUCCACAUAUAUACUGUUGAAACUAAAGAAAAACAGUUCCUCUUUUGUUUCCCCACAAAGCACAACACAGACAUUUUGAUCAGCAUUAGCAAAACCCCCAAUUAAAUACAACUAAUGAAGCUCCUAUUUUUAUGUCUGAAACAGAAACCACAUUCAUUCCCUUUCAACAAAUCCUGUGAUCACAAAAUCUUUAAAUGGGCUCCUCCCUCUUCUCUCUCUCUCUCUCACUCUCACUCUCACUCUCACUCCUACUCGCCCCAAAAGCUGAAACUCUCGAGAUCAAAUCAGCCACCACUCUCGAUUCCCUCAUCCGUGACUACACCUUGCGAUCAUACACCACCAACAGUUUCAAGACCGGCAAGCUCUACGACGUCGUUUUACCGGCAAAUCUCUCCGCCGCCGGCAUACACGCCGACGCAAUAAGGCUACGCUGCGGCAGCCUCCAACGCUACGGCGCAAGAAUCAAAGAGUUCCACCUCGACAGCGGCGCAAACGCGCAUCCCUGCAUCGAGAGACUCAUCCUCGUACGACAAAGCGUCGCCUCAAACUGGUCUUCUGUGUUCUACAACACGGGCGAGCUCUCCGCCUAUCGCCUCGUCUCGCCCAUCCUCGGCCUCCUCGCUUACACCAUCGGAGGCGGAGGCGGCAAUAUCAGCAGCAUUCCGACUGAGUUAACUCAGCCGCGGAAGAAUCCGAUAUCGAUAGAUUUCACGAACGCGACGUUGUUGCUGGACAAAUCAAAAAGCGGCAGCCCUCUGUGCGCGAGUUUCGGGGUCGAUGGGAAGGUUGCGGUGUGGAAGCAGGAGCGGGCGAAUGUGUGCGCGGCGGCGGGGCAGGGGCACUUCGGGGUGGUGGUGGAGGUGGCGCUGAUGCCGCUGAAGGGGAAGGUGAGCAAGGCGAAGAUCGUGGUGGUGAGCUCGAUAGGGGCGGCGUUGGGGGCUUUCCUGCUGAGUUUGCUGGUGAUCGCGAUGCUUGUGAACGCGAAGAAGAAGGCGAGGAUGGAUGAGAUGGAGAGGCGCGCGUACGAGGAGGAGGCGCUGCAGGUGUCGAUGGUGGGCCAUGUCAGGGCGGUUACGGCUUCCGGUACCAGGACUGCGCCAACCAUCGAGCAUUAUGAUUAUCGAGUUCGACAUUCUUGACUUUUUCGAUUUUCUACUUCUGCUUCGAUUGUUUGCUGAUUUUUUUUUUAUUGUUUAUUGAUCAUGAGAACAUAUAUGAUUCAACUGAUUCAACUGGGUUUGGAGAAUAGGAUUUCAGAAGAGAAAUUAAUCGCUGACUAUUGUCUUCUUCAGUUCUGCUGAUCUGACUUUUUUUUUUGGUAUUACUAUUAUUCUAUUUUUGGUC